CCCCCACCCCCCACCUAGCCACCAUGGCAUCAGUAGACCUGCUCAUCGUGGCCGUCGCCAUCCUCCUCCCACUCCUAUGGUGGUUCCGCGAGUCGCUCCCCUUCAUCGGCGGCAAGCCCCGCCAGUCGGUCGCCGGUGCGUCGGGCGCCAAGGCGGGCGGCGCUGGCGCCGGCGGCUUUGACGACGACGACGACCCGCGCGACUUUGUCGGCAAGAUGGAGAAGCUCGGCAAGCGCGCCGCUGUCUUCUACGGCACCCAGACUGGCACGGCUGAGGAGUACGCGAUCAGGCUGGCCAAGGAGGCCAAGUCGCGUUUCGGCAUCUCGUCUCUUGUGUGCGACCCCGAAGAGUACGACUUUAACAAGCUCGACCAGAUCCCCAGCGACAAGGCCGUCAUCUUUGUGCUCGCGACGUACGGCGAGGGCGACCCCACCGACAACGCGCAGCCCCUGUUCGAGUUUAUUCUCGAGGAGAACGUCGAGUUCAGCCAGGGUGGCAACACGCUCGAGAACCUCAACUAUGUCAUCUUUGGUCUCGGAAACCGCACCUACGAGCACUUCAACGAGACUGCCCGCCAGCUCGACCGCCGCCUGGCCGCCCUCGGCGCCCACCGCAUCGGGGAGCGCGGUGAGGGUGACGACGACAAGGCUCUCGAGGAGGACUACCUCUCGUGGAAGGACGGCAUGUGGGAGGAGUUCUCCAAGCGCCUCGAGGUCGAGGAGGGCGGCGCCGGCGAUGUUGCCGACUUUGUCGUCACCGAGGUCGCUGAGACGGUCGCCCCCGAGAAGGUCUUCCACGGUGAGCUGUCUGCUCGUGCCCUCGUCGCGUCGGCCAACAAGUCGACUACCCCUGCCGGCUCGUACGAUGCCAAGAACCCCUACCCUGCCCCCGUUGGAACCUCGCGCGAGCUCUUUGCCGUCUCUGGCGAGCGCAACUGCGUCCACAUCGAGUUUGACAUUUCUGGCACUGGAAUCUCGUACAUGCACGGCGACCAUGUUGGUGUCUGGCCCUCGAACCCCGACGCCGAGGUCGAGCGCGCCCUCGCUGUGCUCGGUCUCUCGGAGAAGCGUCACACGCCUAUUGCUGUCGAGUCGCUCGACCCCGCCCUCGCCAAGGUCCCCUUCCCUACCCCGGCCACGUACGAGUCCGUCUUCCGCCACUACCUCGACAUUUCCUCGCUUGCUUCCCGUCAGACCAUUGCCUUCCUCGCCCGCUACGCGCCCAACGAGCAGGCCAAGGAGACGCUCACUACCUGGGGUACCGACCGUGAGGCGUACCACGAGUACGUUGACGGCCCCAAGCUCAAGAUUGCCGAGGUCCUCCAGUCGGCCGCCCGCGACUCGCUCACCCCGCCCUUCACCAACGCGACCGUCUGGCCCAUUCCGUUUGACCGCAUCAUUGGCACCCUCCCCCGUCUCCAACCCCGUUACUACUCGAUCUCGUCGUCGUCCAAGCUCAACCCCAGCUCGGUUCACGUCACCGCUGUCGUUCUCAAGUACGAGUCGGGCCCCAGCAAGGACCACGCCGACCAGCCCCGCUGGGUCUACGGUCUGAGCACCAACUUUAUCCUCAACGUCAAGCUCGCUUCCGAUGCCAACGGUGCCAACAAGGGUGCUCUUACCAACGGCCACGCCCACACUGGCGGUCUUGCCGGCAACGAGGCUUCGAUCCGCCUCGACGGCCUCCCCUCGUACAAGAUUUCCGGCCCUCGCGACUUCCACCUCCACGACAACAUCUACCGCGUCCCUAUCCACAUCCGCCGCUCGACUUUCCGUCUGCCCACGUCGCCCAAGGUCCCCAUCAUCAUGAUUGGCCCCGGCACUGGUGUCGCCCCCUUCCGCGGUUUCGUCCAGGAGCGUGUCGCGCUUGCGCGCAAGGCCAAGGAGAAGGGCGGCGAGGAGGCGCUCAAGGACUGGGCCCCCAUCUACCUGUUCUACGGAUGCCGUCGCGAGGACGAGGACUACCUGUACGCCGAGGAGUGGCCAGAGUACGCCAAGGAGCUCGGCGGCAAGUUCCAGAUGAUCACUGCCUUCUCGCGUGGACCCAACCGCAAGCCCGACGGCUCCAAGAUCUACGUCCAGGACCUUAUCUGGGACAAGCGCGACGAGCUCGCGCCUCUGAUCCUCGAGAAGCGCGCGUACAUUUACAUUUGUGGUGACGCCAAGAACAUGGCUCGCGCCGUCGAGGACCGCCUGUCGCGCAUGCUCGGCGAGGCCAAGGGCGGCACCGCCGAGAUCCAGGGCGCAAAGGAGCUCAAGCUGCUCAAGGAGCGCAACAGGUUCAUGACGGAUGUCUGGAGCUAGCGGAGUUGCAUUGUUGGCCAGAUCAGAAGGAGGAUGGUGCAUCGGCGUGAUCGUGAUAAUGAGAGCAGCAGCGCACUGUACACCUACGCCCGGACUGUAGAUGCUAGUGAUGCAUGGCGAGAGCAAUGAGAAG